GUGGAUGAGAGACAGGAAGGAGACAGACUGCAUGGGGAGGGGUGUGGGAGGGACGGGAUGACGGAGAGAGACGGGACGAGAGAGGUUGUGAACAGGAAGGAUGGAUGACGGUAAAGACUGAACGAGCAGCCGUGGCCUCCCACCCCGACAGUGUCUCUGAUUUCCUUGCUCUCUCUCUCUCUCUCCGGUCCAGUUUGCCCACGGUGUGAUUGUGGCGGUGGAUUCCCGGGCCACUGCCGGCUCUUACGUGGCGUCCCAGACGGUGAAGAAGGUGAUUGAGAUUAACCCAUACCUCCUGGGUACUAUGGCCGGGGGGGCAGCCGACUGCAGCUUCUGGGAGCGCCUCCUGGCCCGUCAGUGCCGCAUCUACGAGCUGAGGAACAAGGAGAGGAUCUCUGUGGCUGCUGCCUCCAAGCUGCUGGCUAACAUGGUCUACCAGUACAAAGGCAUGGGCCUCUCCAUGGGCACCAUGAUCUGUGGCUGGGACAAGCGAGGGCCAGGUCUCUAUUACGUCGACAGCGAGGGGAAUCGAGUCUCGGGCCAGGUCUUCUCGGUGGGCUCGGGCUCCGUCUACGCGUACGGCGUGCUGGACCGGGCAUACCGCCAUGACAUGAGCCCCGCCGAGGCCUACGAGCUGGCCAAGAAAGCUAUCUACCACGCCACUUACCGCGACGCCUACUCCGGGGGGAUCGUCAGCCUCUACCACGUCAAGGAGACCGGCUGGGUGCGCAUCUGUCGCGAUGACGUCAUGGACCUCCAUCAGAAGUACAAAGAGGCCUGUGACUAAAGCCGGGGCAUUGGGGUGGGGGCGCGGGCUGCAGAGGAUAGGAGACACGCUCAGGGCUGGGGGCAGGGCGGUUUGUUCAUUGAGUUGAGGUUUGCUCCGGCAGAGUCAGGUGAGGGAACCCCCGCCUCCCUUCUAUCUCUCUCACUCUUGCUCCCCUCCCCCAGUCCAAGCUCAGAGGUAUUUCACUGGCUGUGGGUGCAGGUGGAGGAGGAGACAAGAGAGAGAGAGAGAUGCAUCUUCUGUGCCCCAGCUUUACAAAUCUCUGAUGGGUUUGGGAGGGGUGCGCCUGGGAAUUCUGUGGGCGAACACUCCACUGUCUCCCCUCCUUUCGAUGUAAGCGUGGGAAGGACCUUAAUGAGGAUCAGACACAGGGUUGGGGGGGGGGGGAGAUGGUUUGUCUUUUGGGAUUGAGGAGUGAGACCCAUUUUGACCCAGAACUGGGCACUUUGUAACGGUCGCUCCCACGUUAACACUAAUCCUGUGUAGUUGUGUUUCCUUGCUUGGAAUGGCAAUAAACUGUUACGUUUAA